AUGGCAGCUUCGCAAAGCGGGCUAAACUUUAUCAGCUCCCGUGCAGAGGCUAUUAAAGUUCCAACACGUUAUCACAAGAUCACUGCGCUUCGUUUGAAAGCAUACACGAUAAUAUUAUCCAUGGGUUCAUCACGUUCAGCAUUAACUAGUUCAAGAAAUAGUGUUCAAGAUUGUCUUAAUCCAAUUUGUGAAAAUGAUUGUGAUCAACCAUCAGAUUUUGUUAAUGAAAAUCUCUUCAGUCAUUUAUAA